GUGUCUGAGAGCAUUCUCGUCGCCGUAGCAUGGCCCUAUGCCAAUGGGCCCCUGCACCUUGGGCACGUGGCCGGGUGCUACCUUUCUGCCGACAUUUUCGCCCGCUAUCACCGCCUGAAGGGCAACCGGGUGCUGAUGGUCUCCGGGAGCGAUACCCACGGCACUCCCAUAACGAUCCGCGCCGAUCAGGAAGGAAUCACUCCCGCCGAGGUCGUGGAUCGCUAUCACGCCCUGUUCCUGGAGUCGUGGGAAAAGUUGGGUAUCUCCUUCGACCUCUUCACUCACACCAACACCGAAAACCACGAGGCCGUCACACACGACAUAUUCAAAAACCUGCUGGACAAGGGCUACAUCUAUACCGACAACAUGCUUCUGGCGUACUGUGGCCAAUGCGUCCGCUUCCUGCCGGACCGCUAUGUCGAGGGGAUCUGCCCCCACUGCGCCAACACCCGAGCCAGGGGCGACCAGUGUGAUGCCUGCGGGCGCACUUUGGACCCCCGCGACCUCGUGGAGCCCCGUUGCGCCCUCAGCGGAGAUACCCCGGAAUUCCGUGAGUCUGAGCACUUUUUCCUCCGCCUCUCCGCGUUCCAGGAGCCGCUGUUGGAGUGGGUCAACAAGCAGUCCCAUUGGCGCGCCAACGUGCUCAAUUUCACUCGCCGGUUCCUCGAGGACGGACUGCACGACCGGGCCAUCUCUCGCGACCUCGAUUGGGGAGUACCAAUCCCGCUUGAAGGCUACGACUCCAAGAAAAUCUACGUCUGGUUCGAGGCGGUGAUAGGUUAUCUGUCCGCGGCAGUGGAGUGGGCCAAGAUUCACGGAGAGCCAGAAAGCUGGCAGGACUUCUGGAAGGACCCCAAGAGCCGCUCCUACUACUUCAUUGGAAAGGACAACAUACCCUUCCACAGCAUCAUCUGGCCGGCCAUGAUCAUGGCCUAUGGGCACGACCUGAACCUGCCCUACGACGUGCCGGCCAAUGAGUUCCUGAGCCUGCAGAACCAAAAGUUCUCCACUAGCCAGAACUGGGCCGUCUGGGUGCCCGACUACUUGGAGCGAUACGAUCCCGAUCCCCUCCGCUACCUCCUUUCGGUGAACAUGCCGGAAUCAGGAGACUCCGACUUUUCCUGGGGCGAGUUCGUACGACGUAAUAACGAGGAACUGGUUGCGACCUACGGUAAUCUCGUCAACCGUGUUCUGACCUUCGCUUACCGGAAUUUCGAUGGCCGCAUCCCCACGCCGGGGGCGCUGGACGAGGUCGACCAGGGGCUUCUGGAUACGGCCCGCGCGGCGAUGGCUGAAGUGGACGCGAGCCUCGACGCAUGCCGGUUCAAGGCCGCAAUCUCGCGCAUAUUCGCCCUCGCCCAGGACGCCAACCGCUACCUGGAUGCCAAGGCUCCUUGGCGCAGCAUCAAGGAAGACCGCGAGUCCGCAGCCACCAGCCUGUGGGUCGCUAUCGCAGCCAUAAACUGCCUGAAGACACUGCUGCACCCGUUCAUGCCGUUCAGUUCUCAGCGCCUCCACGAGUUCCUUGGUCAGGAGGGCCGUGUUGAGGACGGAAGCUGGAACUUCGAAGCUGCCGUCGCAGCAGUCGCCGGAGGCCGCGAACUGCAGCGCCCGUCCCCUCUGUAUACCAAGCUGGAGCCUGAGGUCGUCGAUCAGGAAGUUGCCCGCCUGGGCAUUUCAGCCGGUUAA